AUGUGGGAUAGGUGGUGGCUCAGUGCUUGGUUGUUUCCCGUCAUUUCGGCAUGCAUGUGGCUCGGUAUGCUGCUGGCCAUGUUCUGCUCCUGGGAAGCCAAUGGACAUCCUCACCUGAAGUCCAUGAGCCCAAAUCAGCAUAUUGCCUACAUAUCUGACAUCGGCGCUUUUGGGCUAAAACCCCUCUUCAUCACCGGUUCUGUCAUCACCACCGUGUUCCUCGACUUGGGCUUCUUGUCGGAGCGAUGGCUUCGACACUAUGGCCGACUGGCGCCCAACACCUCGCGCGUCCAAUCCGCUCUUUCGAGCUGCUCCAUCUUCUUUGCCAUCGCAGGCGCGUGCGGUCUGAUCUUCCUGUCAAUCUUCGAUACCUAUCAUCACCACAAAGUCCAUGACGGAUGUUUGUUCCUCUUCAUCGGUGGAUAUAUCAUCUCCGCCAUCUUUCUUUGUGCCGAAUAUCAGCGACUCGGGAUCCACUACCGUCAGCACCGCGCUCUGCGCCUAUCCUUCUGGGUCAAGCUUGCCUUCAUCUUUAUCGAGAUUGCCCUCGCCAUUGUCUUUGCCUGCACGUCAUGGAAAAACCACUACAAUGUGGCCGCCGUGUUUGAAUGGAUCGUUGCCCUCAUUUUCACCUUCUACGUCCUCUCGUUCGUGCUGGACCUUUGGCCGUCGGUGCGGUCGAAGCACCACGUUCCUCAGGGCUGGAGGGAAAGGGAAGCGGAACUCGAAAAGGAAGCUGGAAGAAACGGAGGUUUGCCCCCUCUCAACCAGAGCCCUGCGCCCAUCACCUCGGAUCAAAAUGCAACCACAUAUCAAAACGACGACACCUAUUACAACCCUGCCACCCAAAGCUAUCGGGGGACCAACAUGACCGCUGGUCAGGGCUCCCACAUCCAGUCUGCACUCUCAAAAUAUCCCGUGGAGCAAAAUGAUCUUGGGCGACAAAAACGGUGGGGUAUUGGACGGUUCCGAAUCUAA